AGGGACAAACAAGCGCUCAAGUUGAUAGCACAAAACUUGCGAGAAAAAGCAUCAAUUCCACUAAUCAUCGUAUUUAAAUACUCGAAUUUCAAUACUCAAUUGUCAUUAAAUUUACGUUUUAUUUCAUCAGUUCGUCACAUCGUGAGUUAUUCCAUUGAAUGAAAGAUCAGCGCAGAAUAAAAAAAUAUGAGUGAAAGCCAAGGAAAUAAAGUGCAACUUUAUAUUUACGAUUUGUCUCUCGGAUUGGCCCAGCAAUUGUCUCAAUUUAUUCUCGGUAAGAAGAUCGAUGGAAUAUGGCAUACGUCGAUUGUGGCUUUUGGAAGAGAACUUUAUUUCGGGUCUGGUGGAAUCGUUCAUUGUAGACCAGGCACAACUAAUCUUGGACCACCUAACGAGGUCUAUGAUCUAGGAACCACUGAUGUUACCGAAGAUAUAUUAGAUGCGUACCUAGACGGACUCAGAGAAUCGGUUUUCGCAAUAGGCACAUACGAUUUAUUACAACACAACUGUAACACGUUUUCCAAUGAAUUAGCUCAGUUCUUGGUUGGCAAAAGUAUCCCAACGCAUAUAUUAGAAUUACCUAAUGAAAUAACUCAAGCUUUGUUUAGCAGCACGUUCCCUCAAGUUUCCAACUUACUAUCAGAUUUUGUCACUUCCACUAGAAGAACGUCGCCAGAUUUUGAUGAAUUAAAUAACGACAUCGACGCAGCUAGACAGAGAUCCGCUCAACUGGAACAGAAAAGAAAUAAAAUUCAAGCAAAAAUAGAAAAACACGAAAAAAAGAAAAAAAAGAAACGUAAUAAAAACAGCGUCGAAUUUGACUUGGAAAAUUCAGAAAAUUAUUCUCAAUCUUCGAAUAGUUAUUAUAAGUCGAGGCUUCGCAAAAUGUCAGAUAAUGCGAAUGGAGACGCUUACCAGAAUGGUAAUGGUAAAACUCCUGCAGAUAUUGCAGCUGAAAUAGAAGAACAAGAUAAACGAGAAAGAGAAGAAAGGAGAAGACAGAGAGAACCUCCGAUUGUGUUUCCUAAUGUUGUAAAUCUUCAAGAAGAAUUUGAUAAAGUAAUCGAUUUAGUCGACGGUAAUAUAACUGCAGAAGAAAUGCAAUUUUUCGAAGAACUUCAUCAGUAUUUAUUAGAAGACGAAGGCUCCUGGGCUAUUGGAGAUGGAUUCCUAAGUUUCGUCGGUAAAUUAUUGAGCGAUCAGAAAUUUCCAUCCGAAUUACGUCUACGAUUACUCAACGUUUUAGCAGUAGCUGCCUUAAAAGAAGAUAUAAUUUUAGUAUUACAUCAAGACAGACGCGAACACGUGUUCAUGAACUACGCCCAUAAUUUUGACAGACUACCAAUAGACGAGCAAAAAGCUCUAGCUUUAUUCGUAUGCAAUUUAUUCGAAAGCCCCAGCAGCUCCGAAUGGCUCCUAUACAUCUCCGAAUGGGACGUAGGCAACAUCAGCAUCAGCAACAUGAGGGUAACCACGAAAAUCGCCGCCAAUUCACUCCUCUCCGAGAACGUCGACUUGCAGAACUAUGGCACAGCCAUAAUUCACAACUUGGCCUGCAAGGAGAAAAUGAAUCAAGGUAAAAAUUUGCGUAAAAUGUUACCCGUUGGUUGCAAGUCUAAGGUUUUCGACGACGUUGCUGUCGAGCUGACAAUGGCUGUAUUGCAAUUUUUCAACGGUAAACCGGAAGAAGAGAAACUUUUCAGAUGUAUGAAAGCAUUGGCCAAAUUCGUACAAGUAUCUCAACAAGAUGUAUCUCAACUCAUACAAAUGAUCGGACCUCAACCUAAUUCAUUUCGAGGUACUUCCGAACGUAUCGAUGCGUUGAUCGCCAGUAUAGAUAGCAAAUUACGUUGAAGUGAGAUCGACUUCACAACUCGAACUGUAUACCAACUCAUUUUUGUAUAAAAUAAUAUUUUUACGAUCGACAAAUAUACUAAAAAAAUUGUCAAUUUUUGCAUUUGCGUUUGUACAAGUUAUACGUAUAAUAAAAUCUACCAUAUUAUAUGAAUAAUUGAGAAUAUAAUUCUAUUUAUUAUUGUCUGAAA